CAGAUCGAUCUAAGAUGGCGACUGUCGAACCGGAAACCACCCCUACUCCUAAUCCUCUGACUACAGAAGAGGAGAAAACCGAAUCUAAUCAGGAGGUUGCUAACCCAGAACACUAUAUUAAACAUCCCCUACAGAACAGAUGGGCACUCUGGUUUUUUAAAAAUGAUAAAAGCAAAACUUGGCAAGCAAACCAGCGGCUGAUCUCUAAGUUUGUUACUGUUGAAGACUUUUGGGCUCUGUAUAGCCAUAUCCAGUUGUCUAGUAAUUUAAUGCCUGGCUGUGACUACUCACUUUUUAAGGAUGGUAUUGAGCCUAUGUGGGAAGAUGAGAAAAACAAACGGGGAGGACGAUGGCUAAUUACAUUGAACAAACAGCAGAGACGAAGUGACCUCGAUCGCUUUUGGCUAGAGACACUUUUGUGCCUUAUUGGAGAAUCUUUUGAUGACUACAGUGAUGAUGUUUGUGGCACUGUUGUUAAUGUUAGAGUUAAAGGUGAUAAGAUAGCAAUAUGGACUACUGAAUGUGAAAACAGAGAAGCUGUUACACAUAUAGGGAGGGUAUACAAGGAAAGGUUAGGACUUCCUCCAAAGAUAGUGAUUGGUUAUCAGUCCCACGCAGACACAGCUACUAAGAGCGGCUCCACCACUAAAAAUAGGUUUGUUGUUUAAGAAGACACCUCCUGAGUAUUCUCACAGGAGACUGCGUCAAGCAAUCGAGAUUUGGGAGCUGAACCAAAGCCUCUUCAAAAAGCAGAGUGGACUGCAUUUAAAUUUGAUUUCCAUCUAAAUGUUUCUAAGAUAUAAGAGAAGUCUCAUUCGCCUUUGUCUUGUACUUCUGUGUUCAUUUUUUUUUUUUUCUUUUUGGCUAGAGUUUCCACUAUCCCAAUCAAAGAAUUACAGUACACAUCCCCAGAAUCCAUAAAUGUGUUCCUGGCCCACUCUGUAAUAGUUCAGUAGAAUUACCAUUAAUUACAUACAGAUUUUCCUAUCCACAAUAGUCAAAAAAUAACUUGGCAUUUCUAUACUUUACAGGAAAAAAAAUUCUGUUGUUCCAUUGUAUGCGGGAGCAUAUUUUGCUGGUUUGAAAGAUUAUGAUGCAUACGGUUUUCUAGCAAUUUUCUUUGUUUCUUUUUACAGCAUUGUCUUUGCUGUACUCUUGCUGAUGGCUGCUAGAUUUUAAUUUAUUUGUUUCCCUAAUUGAUAUUAGUGAUUCUGAUUUCAGUUUUUCAUUUGUUUUGCUUUUGUUUUUCUCCUCAUGUAACAUUGGUGAAGGAUCCAGGAAUAUGACACAAAGGUGGAAUAAACAUUAAUUUUGUGCAUUCUUUGGUAAUUUUUUUUGCUUUUUGUAACUACAAAGCUUUGCUACAAAUUUAUGCAUUUCAUUCAAAUCAGUGAUCUAUGUUUGUGUGAUUUCCUAGACAUAAUUGUGGAUUAUAAAAAAUGUAACAUCAUAAUUACAUUCCUAACUAGAAUUAGUAUGUCUGUUUUUGUAUCUUUAUGCUGUAUUUUAACACUUUGUAUUACUUAGGUUAUUUUGCUUUGGUUAAAAAUGGCUCAAGUAGAAAAGCAGUCCCAUUCAUAUUAAGACAGUGUACAAAACUGUAAAUAAAAUGUGCACAGUGAAUUGUCUUUUA